AAAACAAACGAAUUGCACCCAUGGUGCAAUCGCCCAGUUUCAGCCUCGUCGCAUCUCAGCGCAAUAUAACAAGACCCUCUUCAUACUCUUUCUCACUACGUUGUGAAGAAAACUCCUCGUCAAAAAUUAGAUUAUAGUAAACCCGUAUUAUAGUAACGUCUCUAUGCAAGUCAAUUUCAAAGGUAUUCCAGUUCCAGGUAAGUGUGCCCAAAAAUAAGCCACACAACGUUACUCAUGAACAUACUCUAGCAAGUUAGCAAGCGAUGAGCAUACUAUCCUUUAGUAUAGCCGCAAUCCUUCUCAUAUUCGUAACACUCCUCGCGAAAUUUCUUCGCCGCUCCAACGUCGAUAUCGAAGCAAGAGCGGCAUUCGACGAAAAGAGCAUUCCAAGAAUUACGAGCGAAGACGGAACGCUGGGUGCGUUGCCUACCGCGGUCACCGAGUCGAACAUUGCGCGCGACUCCUGGGUCUUGCGCUUGACCCAGCAUGUCUGCGACGAGCGCCAUCGGAGUUGUCACAAUGUGCUAGUGAUCAACGAGGAACUGGAGUACUUCUUCAAUCCUGAGGGCGUCGUGGAAGAGAUGUACGUAAUUCACUACGAAAGCAAGCCAGGCAACGCUACAUCGCGGAGAAGAGCGAUCAAGUAUCGUGUCACGGUAUUUGAGUCUGGGUCUUUGGUGAAUCUUGGAGAUGGCGGGGACAUCAACUGGGACUGGAAGGGCAACUUCGAUCGUACUAGUGCGAAGACGCUGACCUUCAAGCCUUGCGUGAGCGGAGUGAAGUACCAACAGGAUUCGUGGCAGGCGGUAGCUAGCCCUUGAAUAGUGUUUCAGUAUCGCAAUGUCUUCUCCUAAGCCAUAGUUUUGCAUUGAAUGCGCCCGCGCUUGGAUUGAUACUGAGUUCUUUUCUGCGUCUUUUGC